AUGACGACUCUUGAGGAUGGAACUUCUACACCCGCCAAGAAAAGGGGCGCAUUUAAGAUAAAGAAGUCUGUGCGAAUCGAAGUGCCGGUUGCUCCCGUCACGAAGGCCGCCAAGCACGAGAAUGACAGCCGCUCGAUGUGCCCAGAAUCUGGGAAAUCAGUCGACUACAAUUCUGCCUUCCAAUACAAUCUCGCUUGUCAAUUUUACACCGAGGACUAUCGCCGUGCGGCCGAGGCUCAUCGUCAAGUACGCAAAUACGUCAAGUCAUGGGUGAAGCCCGGGAUGAAAAUGAUCGACAUUUGCUCGCAACUCGAAGCCACUUCGCGGCGGCUAAUCGGCGAAAUGGGACUUGAAGCUGGACUGGCCUUUCCACCGGCUGCUCGC